GAAACUUUCGAGUGUGUGGACGACGCUCAAGAAAAGGUUAAUUUACCCGUUUACCCCCUUUUUAAGUAUUUUCACUACAAUUUUCGUCAAUCACCUAUUUAUUUGAUAGUAAUUCAUUUGUUUAAAUUGUUUAAAUUAAAAUGAAAAUACCAAUAAAGUCUGUAAACAAUGAGUAAAGUAAAAUAUAAACAGUGACAUUCGAUAAUAUAAACUGUCAAACUAUGGAAAUUUCAACUGUUGGUCAAUGUGUACUAGAGUUGAUUUUAAAUGCUCUUGAUGCGAAAACAACUGGAAUUGCAGUUCGUUUUGACAGUGAUAAGAAAAAAAUUCAAGUCAUUGAUAGCGGAGAAGGAAUUCCUCCCGAUGUUCUCAUGAGAAUUGGAGAAAUUGAGAAAAAGAAUGGAAGUGCAAGAGUAACGUGUUACACUCAUUCGAAAAGAGGUGAAAGUUUAAGGCAAAUUAUUGAUCUUUCGGAAAUUUGCCUUAUCACUUCGAAACAUGUCCAUUCGCCAACUUAUGAAAAGGAAUUUAGAAUUGGAGAAUCUCCGACUUUCUUGAAAACAAAUUGGCUUACUAAAGGAACAGUUGUGACGAUUUAUGGAUUCGAUGGUUCUGGUUGGGAUUCUGCUUUAAAUCGAAUUUAUUUUGUUAUCACAUCGUUGGCUUUACUCUACACUGAUGUUUCAUUCACUCUUCAAGAUCAAAAGAACGAUAAACUCAUUGUUGCAAUUAACAAACCACACGAACCGUACAGUAUUUUAAACUUUAUUUGCCGACAAACAAUUCCUUUAAAAACAAGCUGGCAUUUAAGUAGUGAAAAAUCAUUCGGUUUCAAGAUUUGCGGCUAUAUUGGCUUUCUGGAAACAAAAUCGAGUCUUGUUCGCAAUAUCUUUAUAAACAGAAGAUCGGCGAAUUGUUUACAAAUGCAAAAAUUAAUUCUCGAAACAGUGAAAGAACUCAGUGACGACGAAUUGAAAAUUUCGAUAGAAAAUCUUUAUUUCGUCAUUUUUAUUCAAUGCUCAGAAUCGGAUUUUAUUUUAUCCAGCUAUGAGGGAAGAACUUUUGUUAUUUUCGAAGAAUGGAGGAAAUUUGCCGACAUUGUGAAAAAUUGCAUUCUAGACACUGUGAGAAUUAAUUCCGACAAAUUUACCGAACCAGGAAGAAGUUCUUUUCAAGAGAAUUCUAAACCCUACGAGUCUUACAAGAAGAAAGAAAUUUCUUUGGAGAAAGCAAAUAAUUUCAUAACUCAAAGAUCAGACCAAGAAAAUUGUUCCAAAGUUUCCAAUCAACUUUUCGAGGAGAAAAUGAUAUCGAUAGCUACGCAAACUUCAGCGAGGAAAUUCGAUUUGAAAAAAAAUCUAAAGACGAAAAAAUCGGAAAUAAAAUCAAAGCACAAUAUCAAAAAGACUGAACCAUUUUCAAAGAAAGGGGUGAAUUUCGAAACAAAUGAAAAGAAAAAGAAAGCGAUAUUAAAAUUGAUUAAAGAUUCUCAAGAAACUUCGGAAAAUCCAUUGAAGACAAAGUUGAAAAAAUCACAAAAUUUGAAAAAAAGUUCAAAUGACAUUUUUAAUCGACAAGUGGAUGAAAAACCGUUUUCAAAGAAAGGGGGAAAUUUCGAAACAAAUGGAAAGAAAAGGAAAAAGUUAUUAAAAUUGAUAGAUUCUCAAGAAACUUGUGAAAAUCCAUUGAAGACAAAGUUGAAAAAAUUUCCAUCACAAAUUAUGAAAAGAAGUUUAAAUGACAUUUUUAAUCGACAAGUCAGUAAAUCUUCAACUCUUAAUAAGCCGAUAAUUGCAAAAAAUGCCAGGCUCAAAGAAAAUGUGAAGGAAACGAAGAAAAUUUUAGCCGAAAGAAAAUUAAAAUCCAAGAAAAAUGUCAUUUUGCAAAAAAACGAGAAGAAUUCGUUUAGAAAACCGUUUGGCAGUCAUAAAAUCACAAUGACUCAACUUUCCUUUCUCAAAAAGAAUCGUCGCGAUAAAUUACGAGAGCAGAGACAAAAAAGAGAAGAAGAGAAGCAAAAUGCUUUGAAAAGAAAACAAGAGGAAACAAAUUUCGAAAUCAAUCCUGAAAUAAGGCCAAAAAAAAUUAAACUCAACAACGAAUCGCAAAGAAUAAAUCACGAAAUUAUUGAACAAUUCUUGAAAAGUCAAACUCGAGAAAUGGAUGAAGAAGAAGAAUUUCAACAAGACCACGAGCAAAUUUUCCCGAAAAAUCGACACAAAGCUUUAUUUUCAAAUCUAUUUCCCGAUGAGAAAUUUGUAAAUAAAAUUCAAAAUCAAACGCAAGAUGACGUGGAUCGAAAAAAAGUGAAAAUAGUGCAAGAUAUAAAAAUUAAUCCCGAGGAUGAAUUUAUGAAAAGAUUGAAAAUCAUACGAGAGGAAAGAAAACGAGAUCAACAGUUGCAGAAAAAGGAAAAUUUCGAUUCGCAACUAAAAUUCAUCUCCCAUGACGAAUUUAAAAAAUUAAAAAUCGACGAAUCGAAGAACAAUAAAAGUAACAUCUGGCUAAAGAGAAAAGAGGAAAAUAAUGUAAUUUAUCCCGAAGAAAAAGUAUUCCACGUCGAUAAAUUAAAAGAAUUGAAUGAUUAUCAAACACUCAUUAAGCGUAUGCGAAGAAAUCGUCAAUAUUUAGACGAAACAAUCGAUCAGAGGAGGGGUAUUUUUAAAAAAUCGAAAAGCGACGAAUUAACGAAUAAAUUAGAGAAAAGAGUUCAAUUGAAAAACAGAGAAAAGAAUCAAAUUCAUGAUGUAGAAACAAAUCAACGAUGGCAAAAGGAAUUCAAUUCGAUGGAGAAUUUCAAUAGAGAGAAGGACGACUCAAUGUUCUUAAGACCUAAAGAAACAGAUCAACGAUGCCAAAAGAAAUUCAAUUCAAUGGAAAAUAUUAUUAAGGAAAAGGACUCAAUUUUAUUAAGACAGAAGGAUCUAAAUUUCCAUCCAAAGAAUCAAGGAAUUAAAAUUUUCAACGAGGAUAAUCGAUUUUCGCAGAGGGAGGAAAUUUCCGAAAUAGCAAAAACAAGACAUAAUGAUGAAAAAUCAGUUGUUUCAAAUCAAGACACUGUUCAUCAAUUUGUUACAGAACAUUGCAGCCAACUUUCUGAAUGGUCUGACUGGAAUUACGUCGUCCCUGUUUCCAAAGAUUCUAUUCAAAUCUCUGAAUCAAAAAAAGUAGACUAUCAUCGUUUAUAUUAUUUUUUGCCGCCAAUAUUCAACUCAAUGCUACCAUUUGGGAAAUUUCAUAUUCUAUCAAAGACAAAUAUUCAAAAUAUUGACGGGGAAAAUAUUCCAACUAUUUUUAAACCACAAUUAAAAGCCGAUCAAAUUGUCAGUCGUUAUCAAAAUUUGAAUGUGAGACUUUGCCUUGUUUCACGUCCGAAUGAAUUUAAAUUGAAUCGAAAAACAUUAUAUUCAAUUGAAAUCUUGAGACAAAUUAAUUCUGAAUUUAUUGCUGCGAUUGGAAUUCAAGAUAAUUCGAGAUUAUUAUUAAUGAUCGAUCAACAUGCGGCUGAUGAAAGAAUUCGUUACGAGGAUCUUCUUCAAAACUAUAGAAUUGAUAGAACGAAACAAUACUAUUCAAUUGUCCUGGAUCAUCCAAUUUUGAUAACUGACAUGGAACCAGAGAAAAUUAAAUUACUUAUUACAAAUAGAAAUUUACUUGGAAAAUUUGGCGUUCAAUUAAUAUCGAAUUCCGUUGAUUUAUUGAUGGUGACAAACGUGCCUCGUUGUUUUCUCCGAAGGAAAAGUGAAUACAGUGAAUUUAAAUUAUUCUGCUCAGUGAAGAAUCUUCUCCUUGAAAUUGCCGAGAGUCUUGAGAGUACAAAUGGCGUUUCUAUUUUACCGAAAUCAAUACAUAAUUCAAUUGCAUCCGAAGCUUGUCGAGGUGCUAUCAAAUUCGGCGAUUUUUUAACGAACAAUCAAUGUAAUUUACUGAUAAAAUCGCUGAGAAAAGCUAAAGCUCCAAAUCGAUGUGCUCAUGGACGACCGGCGAUAUUUCCUCUAUUAGAUGUCACGGAUCUAAAAAAGAAGCAGAAAAAAUCCUUCCAGAAAAAAUUGAAUUUUGCGUCGCUGAAGAAAAAGAGAAAAAUUUAAAAUUCGGUUCGAUUCACAGUAAAGAAGAUUAAGGAAGCCAUAAAAAAGAAGUUGAUAAAAUUCUUUCACAGAACCGGAAAUCUAAAGAGAUCCAGUAUUAUGGGGAACUGGAUGUAAACCUUGCGGUGAUCCAACAGGAUAUGGAGGAUUAAAUUUUUUCGGUUUCGAUAAAGAUGGUGGAGCAUAGGUUGGAACUUGCGGUUUUGCACUAAU